UGUUCAUUAGGAUGUUCGGUUAAUUGAAUUAGUUAAGUUUCUUGAAUUUUAAAUGUUCACCCAAAAGUGAUGUUCGAAUACUUAUCGAUUGAACCUUGUGUCGUGUUCCUGGGUGGGUCCAUUCACUAUGUUUCGUGUUGAUUUGUCUCCAGAAGGAGGAGAAGAGAGAGAGAGAGAGAGAGAGAGAGAGAGAGAGAGAGAGAGAGUGUUUAUUUUUCUCAUGUUAUGUUAACUGUUAGUUGUGAAAAUGAUGUUGAAUGAGAAGUUUACUGUUAAAGUGAUUGUUGAGUUUCAACGUGAUUUAAAUUGUAAUCCCAUCAGUGAAAUUUAGAGGGAAAUUAACAGUGAAUUAUUUUAGAAAAGAAAAAGAAAAGGAUUAAUUAGUGUGAUUCCAUUGUUUUCGAUUGUAACAAUUUUCUACAUUUUUGUUCUGUUCUCUGGUUUUCUUUUUAACCUUUGAGCUUUUUUUUUGCUGUUAUCGUUUAUUUUCGAUUUCAAACAAAUCUACUCCAAAAUUGUUCCUUUGUUUCUCCUGGUAUCGAUUGUAUAAUCUAAAUUUGUGCUGCCAUUAUGGAUGAUUCACCUUUAAUCUCAAGUCAACAAUCAUCUAAUUAUCACUAUCAUCAACAACGAAAUGGUCACCAACGCCAUCAAAAUCACAAUCACCAACAACAACAUCAAGUUAAUCAUAUUACUCAAUCAAAUUAUUCAUUUACUCCUCAAGCAAAAAUCGCUGAGCUUCAAGAAGAGUAUCUAAUCCCAAUGAAAGAAGAUCUUUCCGAUUGGCUUAAAGCUAUUCUUGACAUUGAAGAUUUGGAUUCUAACAAUUUCAUGUCUCGAUUGGAUAAUGGUGUAAUUGUAUGUAAAUUGGCCAAAUUAAUUGAAGAAAAGUGUGAUAUUGAUGAAUCAAAACUCAUCACCAACAAUUUAAAUAAUAAUAACAACAACAACAUCAAUAAUAAUAAUAAUAAUAAUAAGCCAAUCAACAGUAACCUAAAUGGUCAUUCUCAUCACAAUAUCAACAAUUACAUGAUAAACGAUAUCAACAGUAACAAAAUCAAUAAUAAGAUUGACCAUAAAGCCAAUAACAACAACACUAUUUAUGAAGAAAGUAUAAAUAAUUCAAAGUCACCCUGUAACAUUGACCAAGGACAAUAUCGAUCCAAUGCCUUUAAUCAUAAUGGUCGACGACUCUCAUUUAACCAUGGUAAUGGUCAUUCAGCUAAUGGAUCAUCAUCACCCUCUUCUCACCUUUCUUCAGCCAUUACAACCUCUUCAAUUAAUGGUAUUUGUGCUCGAACUAUGAAAUGCUGGGAAAAUGCUAAAAGUGAAACCUUUUAUGCUCGAGAUAAUGUUUCGAAUUUUAUUAAAUGGUGCCGUAAAUUGAAUGUUCGUGAAUGUGUACUAUUCGAAUCCGAGGAUUUAGUAUUACACAAUAAUCCUAAAAAUGUUGUUCUAUGUUUACUGGAAGUGGCUCGAAUUGCAUGUAAAAAGUUUUCGUUCACACCCGCACCAGGAUUGGUUCAAUUUGAACAAGAGAUUGAUGCUGAAGAAAAAGCAGACUUGGAACGAGAAAUGUUACGAAAUCGAAAAAAGCAACAACAAUCAACAAUUACUUCUAAAUCUAAAUCAUCAUCAUACAGUAAAAUGUCAACCACGAUUAAUAAUGUGACUAGUGACAAGACCGAUAUCAACAAAUGUAAUAAUAAUUUAAUCAAUGAUGAUAAUAUUACAUUAAGAAAUAAUCUUAACUCAUCGGAUGAUAGUGACAACAAUAAUAACCAUAACAAUGAAAGUGAUAACACUAAUGGUAACAUUUUAAUUAUUGGCUAUGAUGGUGAUGGGGAAGAUGAUGGUAAUAGUAGUAGUGAGGAUAAAUGUCCAGAUCGACCUGAUUCUGUGGAUAAUAUUAGUGGUGAUGGUCAAUCGUCUAGUGAUUCAGGUUCAAUUAAUACUAAUGAUGAUGGUGUUGAUGGUUGGUCAUCAGUUAGUCAAGAAAAUCUUGGACGAGCUUCAUCAGUGACCUCAAUCAGUUCUACUUCCGCUGAAUCAACGGAAACACAAUCUUCUCAAGCAAAGUUUAGCCAGGAAUCGGAGAAAGUUGUUUCUCAGCUUGAUCAAAAGGUUAUGUUAAUUGCCAAAUCAUAUUAUGGUAAAAAAGCCAAACAUGGGAUUCAACGAUUAGCUGAAGGAAAAUAUCGCAUCGCUGGAAAAAUAGUUUUCGUUCGGGUUCGUCUUCUUAAAGAUCGUCAUGUAAUGGUAAGAGUUGGCGGUGGUUGGGAUACCUUACAACACUUUUUGGAUAGACAUGGAAAUGGAUCUGACCCAGUAAAAGACAUCUCACCAUCUGACUUAUUGCCAAUGGACACUCGACCCUCAGAGAGUAUGUCCCGUCGACGUAACAGUCAAUCUAGUCAACAGAGUAUUCCCUCCACACCCAUUUUGAGAAGAUGUUUAUCUUCAACCCCAGUUAGUCGUAGCUCCCUUUCAAGUCCCGAACCUUGGACCUCUGUGGGUAAUGGUGGUAAUUAUGUUACCGGUUCUCCCAGUGGUUCAUCAGCAUCAAAUUAUAAUGUUAGUUUAAUCAAUGGAUGUUCACCUUAUGGUCAUCGAUCGUUAGCCCGUCGUUCUAGUGCCUGUACAACCUUAAGUAACGUUACCACAGCUUCAAGUAGCACUCAUAGUAGCACUAGUAGCUCAUCAAGCACAAUCAAUAGCACCGAAAAAUGUGUCUCACCAAUAGUCAACAACAAAAACAACACCAGUGUCACCUCACCUCAUCACCAUAGUAAUUAUGAUGCUCACACACUCACCCGUCGUCGAUCUUUGGCCUAUGAUGGCCUUAAUAAUCUUCGAAACAGCACAAAUAAAUCCAACCGAUCAAUGUUAAGUUUAAACUUAACUCGAUCCCCAAGUACAAGUUCUCACCUUAAUUCAUCAUUCUCAUCAUCCAGACAAUUCAACAACAGCAGUGGUAACCUAAUUAAUAUCAGCAACGGCAACAACAACACCACCACACCAACCACCAAGACAAGUCGUUAUCCAAAUUAUCUUCAAAGCUCACAACACAUCACAAGUAGAUUAUCAUCUAAAAAUCAUACCAAGUCACCAGUUACACCAUUAUCUACAUCAACAAUACCUACAACUACAAACUCACCAACAACGCCAACUUCAGGAGCUGCACCUUUACGUCGAGCCUCACUUAAAGCAUUCUAAAUGAGUUGAAUACAUUGACAUCAACAUGUUUUAAAACAAUCGUCUUAUAAAUGACCCUGUGGGACCUGAUUUUAAUCAUGAUCAUCGUCUUUUCAAGAAGAGAAUGAUGCAAAUUUUUUUAUUCUAUUUAUAAGUAAAUAAUAUUCACGAACUGUUGGGAAAAAAAAGUAACAAUUCAACAACAACACGACAAAAAAGAAAAACGAAACACACUGUAAGCUAUGAAACGAAACAUUUAACUUGCUACCAAAGCAAAAGUACUCAAAUAAUAUCCAUCCUUAAAUCUAUCGAUUGUUACAACAACAACAAAACAACAACAUCCACUAGCUUCUUCCUGUCUCCCUCCACCCACCUUGACAUUUAAACUAUAACCUUCUGUUUAUGUCCAGCUUGCCUUUUCCUCUUUCUUUCUCUUUCUCUUCCCUUUCCUCUAUGACGAAAAAAAACCAAAUUGCCUGAAGACAUAUUGCCUCCAAAUAAUAACAAUAAUAACAAUAAAAAUAAUAGAAACUUAAAACCUUGGAAAGAAAAUGCAACACAAAAAAGAGCCUCAAGUAAAACAGCAAGCGCGUAACGCGUGUUCGCUCAUCCAUUUUACGCACACCUUUACCUUCCUAUCCACGCGCCUUUACCUUCUGAAAAUCAUCUUCUCUCUUUCUCUUACACUUCACCUUUUCUGCCUUUAUCCUCAUCUCUUUAUCUUUCUCUUCAUUUCCUCUUCCCAUUGAACAGAUGUUAUUAAUACAAUUUCUCUUAAAAUUUGUAAAAACACUUACAACUUUCCAUUGA